AUGGCAGGGGCUCUGCUCCUGCCGCUUCUCCUGGCGCUCCUUGCGUUGAGCACAAAGGACCUUCCUUCUCUGUGCAUCACAGGCAGAAGCCAGGGCGGGAACGAAGAGCUCAGCCUCUAUCACCAUCUCUUUGACAACUAUGACCCAGAAUGCCGGCCAGUCAGGAGGCCUGAGGACACUGUCACCGUCAACCUCAAGGUCACCCUGACCAACCUCAUCUCACUGAACGAGAAAGAGGAGACCUUGACCACCAACGUCUGGAUUGGAAUCGACUGGCAGGACUACCGGCUCAACUUCAGCAAGGAGGAUUUUGCGGGCGUAGAAAUCCUGCGGGUCCCUUCAGAAAGCGUAUGGUUGCCAGAGAUUGUGCUGGAAAACAAUAUCGAUGGGCAGUUUGGAGUGGCCUACGACUGCAAUGUUCUGGUCUCCGAGGGGGGCUCUGUGAGCUGGCUGCCCCCAGCCAUCUACCGCAGCACCUGCGCAGUGGAGGUCACCUACUUCCCCUUCGACUGGCAGAACUGCUCUCUCAUUUUCCGCUCCCAGACCUACAAUGCUGAAGAGGUGGCGUUCGUCUUUGCAGUGGAUGACAAUGGCGACACCAUCAACAACAUUGACAUUGACACGGCAGCUUUUACCGAGAAUGGAGAGUGGGCCAUCGACUACUGCCCGGGCACGGUUCGCCGCUAUGAGGGAAGCUCCGCAGAAGGCCCCGGAGAAACCGACGUCAUCUACACGCUCAUCAUCCGCCGAAAGCCGCUGUUUUACAUCAUUAACAUCAUUGUGCCUUGCGUGCUCAUUUCCGGCUUGGUGCUGCUUGCUUACUUCCUGCCUGCGCAGGCCGGUGGCCAGAAGUGCACGGUUUCUAUCAACGUCCUGCUAGCCCAGACUGUCUUCUUGUUCCUAAUUGCCCAGAAAAUUCCAGAGACUUCUCUGAGCGUGCCGCUGCUGGGCAGGUAUCUUAUUUUCGUCAUGGUGGUUGCCACGCUCAUUGUCAUGAAUUGCGUCAUCGUGCUCAAUGUGUCUUUGCGGACGCCGACGACUCAUGCCGCAUCCCCUCGGCUGCGCCAAAUUUUAUUGGAGCUACUGCCGCGCCUCCUGGGGUCCAGCCCACCCCCAGAGGCUCCCCGAGCUGCCUCCCCCGCUAGGCGUGCCUCGUCUGUGGGCAUUCUGCUCCGAGCAGAGGAGCUCAUCCUGAAAAAGCCGCGGAGUGAACUCGUGUUUGAGGGGCAGAGGCAUCGGCAUGGAACUUGGGCUGCUGCCCUCUGCCACAACCUGGGGGCUGCAGCCCCUGAGAUCCGCAGUUGUGUGGAUGCUGUGAACUUCGUGGCUGAGAGCACACGGGACCAGGAAAGCACGGGAGAGGAACUGUCCGACUGGGUGAGGAUGGGGAAAGCCCUCGACAACAUCUGCUUUUGGGCAGCUUUGGUGCUUUUCAGCAUCGGCUCUACCCUCAUCUUCCUUGGGGGUUACUUCAACCAAGUUCCCGAUCUCCCCUACCGGCCGUGCAUCCAAUCAUAAGCCUGUGCCAGCACCCACUCCACCCCUCCCCCUGCCGACAAUAAAUCUGUUUUGUGAA